AUGGCUGGGGAAAGCAAAAGUUGGGCCUCGCCUGUCCCUGCCCUGCCCUCGGGGCGCCGGGCCCGGGGCCGUCCUGGGACCUCGGGCUCCGGUUCCCUUCGCGCUCCUCGCAGCAGUCACGAACCGGGACACGCCGCGCAGCGCCGUAGGCUGAGGAAGGCGGCGUGCGGUUUUGGAAGUGACGUGAGGGGCCUGCGCCCUGUGGGGCCAUGGAGUCAGCAGCAGCAGCAGCAGCAGCAGCAGCAGCAGGUGCAGCAGCAACAGCAGCAGCUGAGAAACCUUCGGGACUUCUUGUUGGUGUACAACCGGAUGACAGAACUCUGCUUCCAACGCUGUGUGCCCAGCUUGCACCAUCGAGCCCUGGAUGCAGAAGAGGAGGCUUGCCUGGACAGCUGUGCGGGAAAGCUAGUCCACUCCAAUCACCGCCUAAUGGCUGCCUAUGUACAGCUGAUGCCUGCCCUGGUACAGCGGCGCAUUGCAGACUAUGAGGCCACUGCAGCACUGGCAGAGACAGCUGGAUCUCCAUCAAGUCCCACGACUGGCCAGCAUGGGGCUCCAAGCCCAGGAAGCUAGGGGAUUCCUGUUCACCUACCACCUUGGGAUGGAAAGCUCAAAUAUAGGGCUUUCUGAUAUCUGGAAAGUGUAUAGUAUGAUUUAGGCUACCUAAGGGGCUUUCUGGAGCUAUUCUGUGUCAGUCCUAUCUCUGCUGUUGCAUACCAAAUGCCCUUAUGUCAUCAUACCAGGGGCCCAUUAUCUCCCGCAAGGGGUGUCCAGGCAGAGGAAGAGUGGGCCAGGGAUACCCUUCAGAUUCCAAAGGAAAUAGUACAAGGGGCUAGAACCAAAGAUGACUGAGCAGAAAAAGGGGACUGCCUGGAUCCUCAGAAGGGUUAGAAGGCAAGAGAGGAAAUUAUUAGUUCAUGGCAACUAAUCCUACCCCUGCCACUGAAACCCAGGGAUGGCAUUUCUAUGAGUCUGGAAACAUCCCUAACUAUACCUUUCCCCUUAUCUGACCCUGCCUGUCAGCAGUAAAGUCCUUAUAAGUUUCCAUGGAUUGUGUGUGCUUGCUUUAGGGGGAGCAGGGUAGGGAUUGGUUGAGACUUCUUAUCCCUCUCCUGGACAGGGGUCUAGGAUAGAGAGAAAUAUACUGUCUCAAAGUAUUGGAUAUUGGAUCUAGGAUGCCUCAGACUGUCGGAGAAGCUUCCUUAGGCAUCUUUUGUUUGUUUCUUAGUGGCUAAUUUCCUUGCUAAAUCCCUCUACUUAUAUCUUAAAUUCUGUUCCCUGACCUCUCCUCUAAGACCUUGAUUCACCUAUCAUCCCUCUUCUUUGUAUUCUUUCCCAUACAAACAUUUUCUCCCUUGCUUCUCUGACCCUUAAUCUUCUUAUCCUAAAAAACAAAAUCUUUCCCUGGACCCUGCUACUGUCUUCAAUUGUUGUUCUCUGUCUUCACUGCCAAACCCCUAGGUCUAUGCUAAACUUUCUGAACAUUCCACUUUCUCAGCACAUUCUUUGAUGCCCUGAAAUCUGGCUUGUAACCCCAGCACUAUACUGAAACAUUUUUCUUGUGGUCACAAAUGACUGUCUUAUAGCCAAAUCUAAUUAGUCCCUUCUCUUUCUUCCUCUUUGACCUUUGAAGUAUUAGAUAACUUCUCCUUCCCCCACCCCCAUUUAUACUCUUUCACCUAAAAGUGAACAUUGCCAAAACUAAACUUAAUGUUUUCCCCAAACCUAACUUAAAAUUUUCCUGUUUCUAUAGUUGCAACUAUUGUCCUUUAGAUAUUGAGGUUUGCCUCUUGAGUCCUUUUUUACUGGUUUUUCCCUUUCUGAGACCAAACCAAUCAGUUUGCAAGGCUUGUCUGUCUUUAUGCAAUAUCUCUUGCAACCACCCCAUUUCUAGUUCUGAUACUAGCACUCUAGUUAAGGCACUCAUCACCUUUCUCCUAAUCUGUGAUAUCAGCCUCCUAAAUGAUCUUUCUAUACCUUCUUACCUUGUUAAUCCAUCCACAUAACUGUCAAAAUAAUCUUACUAAAUGAUAAUUAAGGCUGCUAAUGUCAAACUGGCCCUGCAUGAAAAAUAUUUCAUGGCUCCCCAUUAUUUGCUGAUUAAAGUCCAACCAACCUGGUAUUCAAAACCCUCCGUGACUUGUCCCCAACCUGUCUUCCUAGCCUUGUCUUCAUUGCUUCUCUUCACUUAAACCCAUACCAUAGCCAUGUGCAGGGGCGGUAUGCCUUAGGUUUUCUUGGCUCUAAGACUGCACAUGCCAUCCCCUCUACUAGGAAUGUCCUUACCCACUCCUCAAGAACCAAUAUAAAUAUGACCAAGAAACUCCUUGUUUCUUUUAGUUGAUGUCUUAAAUACAGCCCUUUGUCCCUUUCUUGGUACUUUUACAUUGUACCACCAGACUUGGGUUUGGACUUCCCGUCCUUAACUAGCUGUGUGGCCAAUUGUUAAGUCUCACUGAACCUUUCUGAACUAUUCUCUUUAAAACUAGAUAAUACUUGCACUAUACUACCUCACAAGGUUAUGAUGAAAGUUACAGAUAUGUGCUGUUUGAAGAAUAGGAACAACUCAUUUGGGAAUAUCUGCAUAAAUUAAGAUUUAAAGAUGAAAAGUAGCAUGGCAUAAUAGAGAGCUAGCCUCUGCCUCUAAAAUGUAUUGACUGGGGACUCCUGGGCAAGUUGCCAAACCUCUCAGUGCUUGAGCAGUUGUCUAUGACAUUAAGUUGCAGAGAAGGUCCCAGUCUUGAUGGAAGGAGUUUCUUCAUCCAGGAAUGCCAUCUACCAGUGAAAUCACAAUUUUAGUCAAUAUCUCCGUAUCUCUUGUUGAUGAGCAAUCAGUGGUGUAUUAUGGUACCAUCAACACUGUAAUAGGAUAGGUAAUGGACCUGGGAUUUCAUUGGUGAGGGGAAUUCCUGGAUGCAAAAAUUUCCUCUACCAGUGCACGAGUACCUUCUCUAUAACUUACAGUUUUAGUGCCACUAAGAUUAAGUGACAUGCUUGCCCAGGAUCACACUGGCAGUAUAUAUCAGAGGCAAAUCUUAAACACAGGUCUUCAGACUCAGAAGUUGAUUCCACUAGGCCAUACCACCUGUCAAAUAAGAAUAUGAGAAAUUGUGGAUAAGAAAUAUGCAAAGAGAAGACAGAAUAAGAACAUUGACUAAAAGGCAAUGAAGCUUUAGAAGUACAUUCAGAACAAAAUAUAUUAUCGUUCUUUUUAAUUGAAAUGCAGAUACUUUAAAACAGUAGAGUUUUAUUUGGAAAUCUCCAUAUUUGGGUUGCUUCUUCAUUAGAAAAUAUUGAAGUUUAUAAUUUAAAACAGGGCAUGUACUAUCACCCUUGUGUGCAUACAUGUCUUUUCUACUGUUGAGCUCUCUGAAUUCAAGGACCCUGUUUUCAUUCUUAUCUCAUGAUUGCCUAGCACAGUGCCUUGCAAAGCACAUAUUGGGUGUUUAAACCAUUGUUGAAUGUAUUGUUUAUGUAUUUCUUAUUCUGUAACUAGGCAUGAAAUCAAACUUGUAUUAAGAGCUCAAUAAAGACUCUUUGAAUCAUUUACAA